CAUUUUUAAUGGGCAAUACAAUCUUAGUUUGUCAUUGAACUGGUGCCUUAUCCUACUUCCUCUUGUAGCUUUUAGUUACUGUUGGCAUGAUUACUUGGAAUUUCACUGUGGAACAAGACAGUUUCCUGGGGAAGGUAUUGAACUUCACUCUUCUGUAUGGAUCCCUGUACAGCACGUAUUUGUGGCCAGGCCUGAUAGCUCUGUCACUCAUGCUCAUGAAAAAGAAUGGGGAACUGAAGAUCCGUCCAGGUGUUGUGGUCAUUGCUGGAUGGGGAGUUCCCUGUCUUGUAGUGGGUGUACUCCUCAUAGCAGGCCAGUGGUUACCAGACACCCUCGACUCGGCCUUCUUCUUUGGGAGAUCUCAGAUAAUCGGCUCUGCGGUGGUCCUCUUCUGCAGUAUUCUGCUGACGGGGGGUUCCCUGAUUGGCCUGAGCCGGGACUACCGCACCCUGCAGGGGGGCUCCCUGUCGGGCACCAGCGAGGACGUGCGGCCCCUGGGAGAGCCGGAGGACCAAACUCCACCUUUGGAGCCGACCCCCUCGGUGGGGGGCAUCAACAGAGAGUGCCAGAUGUGUGACUGUGCUCCCCCACAACCAAUGCCUGAUAUGAUUGUAAGCACCAACAUGGUCGACGCUCCACUCAUCCAACAAUGUGUGUGUGGCACUCGCUGCGAGUCGUCCAACUGUCUGCUGGCGCAGGAGGAGGAGAACCGCAGGGACUCUGACAGACAGGUGGCCCGCCAUGUGCUGCUCUGCCUGCUGCUGCUGGUCAGCCUGCUGGCUAACCUCUCCAGCUGCCUCUGGUGGCUCUUCACCCAGGUCCCUGGGAGACUCUACCUGGAGCUGCAGUUCUUCUGCGCCAUACUCAACUAUGGACAGGGAUUCAUAUCUUUUGGACUUUUUGGUCUGGACAAACAUUUGAUCAUUCUUCCAUUCAAAAAGAGGGUAGCCAGACUGUGGCGGGGCAGAGGUGCAGAAGAGGAUCCCUCUCCCAGUGUCCCUGAGGAGAUCCGGCUCACAUGCACACAGUUUAUCAGCUACCAUCAGGAGCAGUGCAUCAAGGACAUCGUCCAGAGGAAGAGAUGUGGGGACAGAAGUGUGGUGAAUGCGUUCCUGGGCGGUGAGCUGGUGGAGUGGCUGAUGCGUGUGGGGUUGGCGCGGGACCGAGGGGAGGCACUGCUCUACGGCUCGCGGCUGCAAGAGGGCGGGGUCCUCCAGCACAUCACCCACGACUACAGUUUCCAAGACGACGACCUGCACUACAGCUUCACAGACCGGCCAGGCGGAGUCAGCCAACGAGCCAAUGGCACCCUGUGCACUUAGCUGUGGAAGGGACUGAGGGAGCCGAGGCACUGAAAUGAUUUUAAGAUUGCUGCUAUGACAUACUGCCUAAUAAUCUGCAUGUUCAAGGGUCACAUGCACUUGAAGAACUCAAAGGAAGGUCAAACUCUUGUUUCUCUUCUGCUGUCAAACGCAUGGUAGACAGAGAGGACAUCUAAACAUCAUUUACAUCAGUAAUGCACAUGCCUGCACCCCCACAAUGCAGCACUGCCUACACACUUCCUUUGAGAUGAGUUGCUCAGGGCGGAUUGCACUUAUUUUGCAAGCAUUCUAAAGACUACUUUUAAUUUUAACCUUGAUCUAGAUUAGAUUUUGAAGCUUUUGUGUUACUCAAAAUAACUUUCACUCAUAUUUGAGUUCUACAUGUUAUGAAACUUCUAGUUUGGAUGAUGAUGGCAAGUUAUUCAGGAUUAGUACCAGUGUCUGUCAGUCAUUUUGAUGACUUUGUUUGAAUAGAUUACAAUCAUCAGCUUUUCAUUUCACUGUGUUUAUUGUUUUACAUUUUCUAAUAUUUUCUGGGAAAAUGAGGGUUUACUUCAAGUAGUCUUGUAACCUUUAAUGGACAAUGCUAAUGCCAUAAUGUUAAAGCCACAGCUGUUUGCAAUGCUUGUUGGCACUUUUUCAUAAGACAGCAUGAUGAAUGUAAAAGACAAUAUCUAUAGACCCAAAGUUGAAAACAGUGGAAUGCCUUGCUCUUAAGAUAUGGGCUGGAUGACUAGCCUGGAAAUCCUUAGUUUCUAUAUUGUGCAUAAUGAGCUUCUGUAAGAGUGAAAUAAACAUGUUUUUAUUAACCGUCA